CACUCACUAUGGACAUCUACAAACAUGAUGUCACAUUCUAUUCAUGGCUAGAGUCUAUAAAUAAAAGCUUUCCAUAUAUGGUUUCUUUUCCCGGAACUGAGCCCUGCGCCAUGACAGGGUGUGUCUAGUGCGUCACGAACUGUUCUACAGGCGACCGGCCGAUGUGCUUUAAAUCCGAUUUGGUCUGACCUCGACUUUCUGUCUGUGGUGAUCUUCCUUUGCUUAACACUGUGCUGCUCAGUCUUUCACUUCUUUGGUUUUGGUCGUCGCCAUCGUCAUCGUCGUCGGCUGUGGUUGUUAUAUGUCUACAGAGCAAUAGGCUUGGAUAUAUUGGUUAUGUAUUGUGCUAUAUAAAUCAAUUUUAUUGCUACUAUUCUUAUUCAAGGAUCGAUAACUUAUCUAGAACAUGAAAGAAUUUUUAUAAAAUCGGCAAUUUUGACAACAGAGAGAGAAUCCAUAAAUCUGCUUAAAAGAGGCAGCAAUGAAUAUGUGAUUAAACAAUAAUAUUUUAACUCUAGCUGUGCUAGACAAUAAAAACAUGAGCUUCGGGUUAAUAUACCAUAGACAUCUAACAACAUGAUGUCAUGUUCCAGUCAUGAUUACCACCAGACCCCGUGUAUUCUAUAAGUAGAAACCUUUACUAUAUUUUACUUUAAAAUUGGUUUCCAGAGCCGUGACAGUAGACGUCAGUUUGUUCUUCACACCUGUUCUACAGACAUACUAUCAUGGCAGCUUCAGACAUGGCUUCUGCUCAGAUAAACAUGACAUGUGCAAUAUGCAGAGAAGUUUUUACAUCUCCGAGAUUUCUGCCCUGUCAUCACACCUUCUGUCUAGAGUGUCUGGAGCAACUGGCAAACGUCCAUGGAAACACCAUCCCGUGUCCUACCUGUAGAGCUCGUGCUACUGUACCGCCAGGUGGUGUGCGUGCUCUACAAGUCAACUUCUACUUCACUGACGAAGCUCUAGAGCAGGCUCGCAGUGAUGAAACCCAUUUAAAGUGUCCUGUUCACACUAAAGAACAUGUCCUAUUCUACUGUGCCCAGUGUGACCAAGCCAUCUGCUUGAGAUGUAAGCUGACUAAACACGAUGGGCACGUUACCGAAGAUCUGUCCGAGGCCGCAAGUCGUUCUAAGCAAACCAUUAAACAGGAACUGCAUCGUCUAGAGGAUUCCAUUGAUCACGUGACCAACAAAUUAGAAUGUUUGAAAGGAAAUGAGAAACGAGCCCGAGAGAAGCGAAAUGGAAUCUCCAAACAGAUUCAAGUCCGGUUUGACUUUAUUGUAGCAAUGGCACAAGAAUAUCGUGACCAAGCACAGCAACAACUGGAAGAAAUCUCCGAUAGUUUGGAAAAAGAAAUGGCUGCUGACACACAGCGAGUACAAGGCGAACUUAACUCCCUUCUACAGCUUAAAAACCACACUAGACUGACGCUGACUUCAGCCUGUGACACAGAGGUCCUGCAGGUGGAGAAAGAGAUAACAAAGGGAGAAGGAAGCUCCGAGCGCCUAAAAGAACUUGAAGACGGACUGCCUGAUACGUAUUUCUGUCCCGGUCUCCAUGGCGACUUCAACAACGACAUUAAAGAGGACAUCAAGUGGUUCAUUGGGAUCCCAGUCAUACUGAACUUUCCGAUUGUACAAAACGUGGACAUGGAUUGCUUGGAUCAAUGUGAUGAUAGCGAAUGUAAUGAAGUGCACGCUCUUCGGCAAAGAGAGGACACAACUUUUGAUGUCAUUUAUGGAGGAACAGGAGGCGACUUUUCCAAUGAGAAGCACAUGACCUGGGGGUCUGCAGGCUCUAAAGUUAUGAUUAACACUUAUAAAAUGCGGGUAACAUAUGUCACACGUAAAUCUUAUCUGUGGCAAUGGAAAGACUCAGAGAACAGGGCAUUUGGUUCCAAGAGUAUAAGCAUGUUUGGCAUGGUUCAAAACUGUCCAAAGGGUUUAUGUUAUAUUAGUCGAAUGGAGCUAAAAUGGGAAAAUGGAAAGGAAACAUGUAAUUUUGGUGACUAUCUGCUUUUUCCGGGGGUACAAAAAAUACAUAACUUUGACGCAAAUCUUCCUGGAUCUUUCUUUGCUGUGGUAGACGAAGAGGAGCAUCAACACGGAGAUGAAAAUUCAAGUCAUGAAGCAAUAAUAAGUAAGAAUGGACAAGAAAAUGGUUACCGUGUUGUACGACUUUAUUCUCGCAAGUCUAAUGACCCCAUAGCGACCUACAAGUCACCGAAACAACCCUUCUUCCCGACAGACGUCUGCUUCUAUGACGAAAAGUUGCUACUGAUCGCUGAUUGGAUGAACGACAGUGUGCACGUGACAAAAGUCACUACAACUGGCCUGACGUUCGUCGACUACCUGCCCGGAAGUGGAAACAUUGUGAGGCCCACAGCUCUGAACCUUGACCUUAACGGCCGCUUGCUUAUUGGAUGUGGCGACGGUUUGGUCCUGAAAUAUCCUGGUGACAUUUCUGAAAUGUAUUGACCUUUCUGCACUUACACAUUUUAUCUACUGUCUACUCACCAUUCCAAGCUCCUGUUCACCUGAAGGCUACGGGACUAAAGCACGUGACGGGGCUGUUGCCUGUCAUUUCUAUUUUUAGCGUUUCUCAUUCAGUCGCUGUUUUGGUUUUUGGAUAAUAUAAUGUGGAUAACAUAAUGCACUCGAUUUUUAAAAGAGAAUGGUUUAAAAUGUUUUACAGAAACAGUGGUACAUACUUUUUCUUACAGACCUUGAUGUUUCGUGUUUUGUCAAGGUGUAUGGUAAUUCACUCCUGUACAGUGUUCUGGAUAUCUUAGUUUACUGUUCUCACAUAUAACAUAUAACUAAACACUUACUACAGAAACAAUGUUGAAUUAGAACGCCUAUAACCUUCAUUAUUUUUGCUGAUAAAUCACUGAAUUUUUUGUUUCAUUUAGUAAAUGAUGCUAAUUAUUCAGAUAUUUUUGAUUUCUAUGUUUUGGGACGAAAGGAAAAAAAGUCUGUACGGCAAACCAGUCGUUUCAUUUUGCCAAUCCGCUGAAAAUGUCUUCUCGUGCCCAAAAUAUUUCUUUCAGAACAUAAUAACCCACGACAUAAAGCAGUGUUUAAAUAUCGUUGCGAUUGCUGAACGUAUGUGCUUUGACUUUCCUUUUUCACAAGAAUUACAAUUCUUUAUUUCACAUCUUAACUCGUGUAAAUUGUACUCAUUUGUUUUAGUAUAUUGCAGAAAAAGAGCUGUGGAUACAAUUUUUGUUGUUGUUGUUUUUGGCUAUUAGUUACUUUAGAAUUCUAGCGCUGCAAAGAGCGCUUAAAGCUGAGAAAAAGUUGUAUCGAAAUGUAAUUAUAACUAAAUUAAAAAUUUUGUUUGAGAAAUUUAGUUCAUUUCUGUGUCUGUUUGUCGUGGUAUUUUAUUUUAUAACUUACACGUCGGUUAUCUUCAUGUUCAAAAAGAAAAAGGUCAAGCAGAUUUAUUGUUAUGGUUUAAUAUUAAUUUUUUACUUAUUCGGUCUUUUAAAUGUUAAAGCGUGAAAACUGAUGCAAGAAUGCAUUCAAAAAUAAAUGUUUAAACUGUUUUAUGUAUGAUAUGUGUACGUGCAUUUAUUGGUUUCACAUUUAACUUGCUUUCAAAAUGUUGUUAGAUGUACUCUUUAUAGACUCUAAAUAGUAAAGUGCUUUAUUUCAAAAAA